AUGGCUGAGACAAAAGUGUUACAAGCGAAGCAGGCUAAGCUUCAGUCGUCGAUUGUAGGAAUGCAACGAGUGCAACUAUUCGUCGAUUCCUACACUGCGGACCAAAGCAACCAAGCCGAGCAUCGCCUUCAAAGGUUUGAAGCAUUCUUUGAGUCGUAUACUCAAAGCUUCGACGACAUCCUCGAGCUAGGGGUUUCACCCGAAACCAUCGCAUCGCUUGAGAACAUCCGGACGCAAGUAGAGGAGCUCUACUGCGUAACCAAAGGAAAGCUCAUGGACAUACUGAGCGAAUCUGCGAAGAUAACGGUGAAACAGGAGGCAGCUACCACAUCAUCGCUUGCCGCGGUAAAGCUGCCAACCAUUUCUCUGCCGAGCUUCAACGGAGAUUAUGACACUUGGCUCACGUUCCACGACACGUUCGAGUCCCUGGUGCAUAAAUCGAAGGAACUAUCGGCAAUCCAGAAGUUCCACUACCUUCGCGCCGCGCUGGAAGGAGAAGCCGCUAGCCAAAUCCAGGUGCUAAGCAUCACGUCGGAGAACUACGACAUCGCCUGGACGACACUGGUUGAGCGGUACUCCAACAAAGUUCUUCUGAGGAAGAAACAAGUGCGCUCCCUUUUGGGCUUGCCAAAAAUUACAAAGGGAAGCGUUCAAGCCCUACGCAACAUCGUCGACAAGUUUGUGCUACACCUGCAAGUGCUGCAACAGCUCGGUGAACCGAUUGACCCGAACAGCACAAUCAUCGUAGGCCUGCUAGCAGACAAGCUCGACGAUGCUACAGUAACUGCUUGGGAAGAAUCGCUCGAUCCCAAACAGCAGCCCACCUACGCUCAGAUGGUUCAAUUUCUUCGAAGGAGAAUACAAACCAUGGAGAGCAUCGAAGUAAACCGUUCGACAUCUUCGUCAAACGUCGAACGAAGGAAGCAGACACCACGCUCUCACAUGAACGCCGCAGCUUCAGCCGCAGUGCAGCAGCAGCAGCACCAGAACGAAGCAGUGUGUAGUGUGUGUCGACAAAACCAUUCCGUAAACCAGUGCACAAACUUUACAACCGCUAACCAUCAGCAGCGACUUCAAAUAGUGCGCGAUAAAAAACUGUGUGCAAACUGUUUACGAGAAAACCAUACGGCAGCACAAUGCACCAGCAAGUUUGUGUGUCGCCAGUGCUCCGGACGUCAUCACACGUUAAUACAUCCGGGAUUAUUUCAACCACAGCAGCAGCCAUCGAACAGCUCAGCUCCGUCGUCCAGCAUGUUGGCAGCAUCAACAACACACCCAUCGGUGCAAGGUACGAAUUUCGAUCGUGCGAUCCUCACAACUGUGCUAUUGGUGGUUGUGGAUGCCAACGGCGGCGAGCACCUAGCGCGUGCUCUUCUGGACUCCGGAUCGCAACCCAACGCAAUGAGUGAAAAGCUGUGCCAGCAACUUCGUUUGCGCCGGAAAGUGGUUGAUUUGGAGAUAACUGGAGUUGACAACACAACCACCUCCGCAAAGCACAUGGUGUCAGCAGAAAUCCGAUCCAGGAUCGGAGAGUUCAACAAAACCGUGGAUUUCAUCGUUCUCCGUAAGGUGACCCACGACAUUCCCGCUACACCAUUCGGCACGACAGACUGGAACAUACCAGCAGAUGCAGACCUCGCUGAUCCGCACUUCAACACCGUGGGACGGAUCGACAUGAUCAUCGGGGUGGCAAACUUCUACACCUUCCUGAAGGAAGGACGAAUUCGUCUGCACGAGAACGGACCGUUGCUCGUAGAAACCGUCUUCGGCUGGGUAGUUACCGGAAGCCCACCGCCACCGGAGCAAAAGAUGGCAAUGAGAUGCCAUUUUAACAUCAUCACUCCAAGCCUCGAAGACCAGAUCGAACGAUUCUGGAAAGCGGAAGAAAUCGAGACCACGCAGACAGCAGAUGAAAGGUACUGCGAAGAAUACUUCAAGGAUACGGUUUCCCGAGAUACGACGGGUCGAUACAUCGUGAAGCUACCGAAGCAUCAACAACACGACAAGUUAAUCGGUGCUUCAAAGGCAACCGCCUUACGACGAUUCGGAGCCCUCGAGCGGAAAUUGAGUAAAAACGACGAGCUUCGCCAUCAAUACCACGACUUCAUGGCGGAGUACAUUGCGUUACAUCACAUGACACCUGUGGAAGACGACGCAGCAGAUGGUCCCGCAGCGUGUUAUCUACCGCAUCAUCCCGUCUUCAAGGACACCAGCACCACCACCAAAGUAAGAGUCGUGUUUGAUGGUUCCGCAGCAACAUCAACAGGACACUCUCUGAACGAUGCUUUGAUGGUGGGACCUGUCGUACAAGAUGACUUGCUUAGUCUGGUCAUCCGGUUCCGGAAAUUCAAGAUCGCAGUGGUAGCAGACCUCGAGAAAAUGUACCGGCAAGUGUUGGUUCAUCCAGUGGAUCGCCCUCUGCAACGCAUCAUCUGGCGAUUCGACAGCAGCCAACCAGUGCAAAUCUACGAGCUCGACACCAUCACGUACGGCUUGGCCCCGUCAUCGUUCUUAGCGACAAGAACACUUCUGCAGCUAGUAGAGGACGAAGGAACUUCAUACCCGCUGGCAAGCAAUGCCAUCAAGCAUCACCUGUACAUGGACGACCUCAUCGCCGGCGCCGACAGCAUUGAAGGUGCCAUCAGUCUGCGAGAAGAACUGGCCACCCUUGUCAGCAAGGGUGGAUUCACGUUCCGCAAGUGGUGUUCCAACGCUCUUCCAGUACUGGAAGGAGUCCCACCAGCACUACUUGGAACGAAAUCAGCGUUCAACUUCGACAUCGAGGAAAACAUCAAAACGCUCGGCAUUCGAUGGGAUCCAGAAGCCGAUGUUUCGAUCGUCAUCAAACCAUCGCCACACUCCAAACGCAGCAUACUCUCUUCAAUCGCGCAGCUGUACGACCCACUCGGUUUAAUUUCACCGGUCAUCGUGCAAGCGAAAUUGAUCAUGCAGUUGCUUUGGCUAUUGGGACUGCAUUGGGACGACAAGGUACCGGACGACCUACAACGAAAAUGGGACAUCUUCUGCGAGCAGCUUGCCAAACUUCAGAACUUCACCAUCACGAGGUUCGCAUUCAUAGCCGGUUAUCACCAAGCAGAGCUUCAUUGUUUCACCGACGCGUCGGAAGCAGCUUACGGAGCUUGUAUCUACAUCCGGUCGGAAACGUCUGACGGAUCAGUGCAAGUGAGCUUGCUGACAUCGAAAUCCAAAGUUGCUCCGCUGAAACCCGUCACCAUCCCUCGUCUAGAACUUUGUGCAGCACUGCUAGGAGCGAGACUCUACACCAAAGUGAAGGAUGCACUGGACAUGCAGUUUUCAGCGCGUCACUUCUGGUCGGAUUCAACCGUCGUUCUCCAAUGGCUACAGGCUCCCGCACGUACAUGGAAAACGUACGUGGCAAAUCGUGUCGCAAAGAUACAGGACGCCACCCAAGGUUCACGCUGGCGACAUGUCUCCGGAAGCGACAACCCGGCGGACAUUGUAUCACGCGGCUGUUCAGUGGACGAACUGAUUAGCGAUCAACGAUGGCAAAACGGUCCAGCUUGGCUACGAGCGCCAAAAUCUACAUGGCCAUCGGAAAUCAUCUGCACAAACAAAAUCGCCGAAGAAGAGCUACGGAAGGACGUCAUAACUCUGCCAGUCCAGGUGGUGAAACCAAAUGAAAUCUUCGAGAGAUUUUCUUCAUACUCAAUGCUUCUGCGAGCCGUCGGCUACUGUCUCCGGUUCUGCAACAACACCCGGAACAAAACUCGACGCAUAACCAGCAGAACUCUUCUCGUCAGUGAGCUGACGAAAGCAACUACCUGUCUUGUAAAAAUCGUCCAGACAGAAGCAUUUCCUGAUGAAAUUCAACGCUUCAAAAGGCAUCAACCCGUAUCUACACGGUCAUCUCUUCGACUACUGAAUCCGUUCGUUGACGGUGACGGAGUGAUCCGCGUUGGUGGCCGGCUACAGCAAUCGGAUGCAGCAUACGAGGUACGUCAUCCAAUUGUCAUCCCUGGGUUUCAUCCGUUUACGCAGAUGCUUCUGGUACACCAACACCGUAAACUACUACACGGCGGCAUCUCGCAUACACUGUCUGCAGUGCGCGAUGGAUUCUGGCCAUUGAAUGGACGCAAGGCAGUCAGAAGCGCCAUACGAAAAUGUCACGAGUGUUGCAGAGCCAAUCCUCAUCCAAUAGAACAACCAGAGGGUCAACUACCGGUCGACAGAGUGACAGCAAACGACGCGUUCAUCUGUACCGGAAUCGAUUAUUGUGGGCCUAUCUACCUGAAGCCGAUUCAUCGGAAAGCCGCGGCUCGUAAGGCUUACAUCUGCAUUUUUGUUUGCCUCAGCACCAAGGCUGUCCAUUUGGAGCUGGUCAGCGAUCUCAGCACGGCAGCAUUCCUGAUGGCUCUUGACCGGUUUGUGUACAGGAAAGGCAGGCCGACCCAUAUCUACUCGGACAAUGGUACCAAUUUCAUUGGUGCUAAAAACGCCCUUCACGCCAUCUACGCCAUGCUGAAUCACACGAAGAGCAAGGAGCAGAUCGACAAACAUUUGGCAGACGACGCGAUUCAAUGGCACCUCAUCCCUCCACGAGCACCCAACUUCGGCGGUCUAUGGGAGGCCGCGGUCAAGGUGGCCAAAACUCACUUGGUUCGUCAACUCGGCGCAGCAUCACUCUCCGAAGAGGAAAUGGCGACCGUGCUGGCUAAAAUCGAAGGAUGCAUGAACUCCCGUCCUUUGACACCACUCUCCAGUGACCCGAACGAUUUGGAAGCACUGACCCCGGCCCACUUCCUCAUCAAGCGCCCGCUGCAGCCACUGCCGGAAUUCAACGCCAGCUGUGCUUCCCAGAACCAGCUGGCCAAGUAUCAACGUCUGCAAAGGUUCACACAAAGCUUUUGGGAUCGUUGGUGCAACGAAUACCGCAAGGAGCUUAACAUUGCCCACCGACGACAACGCAAAGGAUACCAGCUUGCUGAAGGGGAUCUGAUCAUCCUGAAGGACGACCAACUACCGCCAACCCGAUGGCCUUUAGCUCGAGUUCUUGAACUACAUCCAGGACCUGACGGCAUUUCCAGAGUGGCGACGUGGUAUGAGGUGGGCCAUCAUCAUCAUCAUCAUAAUUGUCCAAAUCAGCUUUUAGAUUAA